AUGGAGCGCAAGCUAUCAGCAAAAGCAACCAAAAUACGCCACCGUCUGACCUUCACUAGAAGCAGCUCCGCGCGUGGCCUGGAAUCUACACUAGUCUCACCCAUUGAAGCCCGUUCAUCAAGCAGUCGCCCCCGGUCAGCGACGAAUCCCGUGUCUCCCACCCAUGACGAGUCAACGUGGGACAGCAGGAACCCCGAUCCCUUCCGGGGCUACAGCUUCACAGAUGAGCCGGGUUACUUCCGCCCUGCAUCACCGUUCAUUGACCGCCAAGAGAUCGAAGCAGACCUCGAAGCUGAUAUCAAACAUGCAUGUGCUAUGCUAUCGCACACCAUUGACCGUGGCAUUCCAGCCGGAUUGUCCUAUGGGAGCGCCGUGCCACUCUCGACAGAUGGACAAAAUCCCGCUGGUCAGUCUAGUGUCGAUGUAGCUCCUUCAUCUUUGACACAGAAUGUUCUUCUUCUGCCGGCGCCCAAACCAACCGGGCCCGAAACAGAAAGCACGGAGAGACAUGAUUCCGGCGUUAGUAUGAGUUUCAAUUCUCCCCGCCAACCAGCCAGACCACACGGCAACAACGUCUCGCGCGCAAAUAGCUCAGCACGGUUCUAUAACAAACAACCCUCCGCUUCACCACCACACAGCCCAUCAUCAGAAUGCCGCUCCCGGUGCCAGAGUCUAGCAACAACGAUCGAAGAAGAUAACCAACGGGAGCGAUCCUGCUCGUCAAGCCCGGUUCCAUUCCAUUACAGUCCGCAAUUCAACAGCGAGUGGCCAUCCAAGCCAACGACGCUCGAUAGCCCAGUCAGCUCGCUCAACGAAAGCGACGCCAACACGAAUGCGAAUGCGAAUGAACCUGACACAUCCUCUCCAGCCAUAUCCCCACAAGAAGCACCAUCUAUCGGCGGAGCAGGCAGGACCCGGAUUCACCCUAGCAGAGACAUCCAACGCCCCACUGACGAAGAAAAGCCGACAGCAGCCCAAGCCAAAAUGCCAAAGCCAGUGACCCGCUUCUACAGUGCCUACAAUCAAACAAUAGGGGAAUCCAACUCCCGCGAAUGGCCGACGAAGAAUUUCUGGGAUGAUCGGAACCCGAGUAUUUACAGCGAAGUCUCACUGCCUUCAUCGCUGGGCACUAGAAGUGGUACAAUGUCGAGACCCGAAACAGGUAACUCGAGAUUGGGUAGUGCAUCGACGAAUGAGGAAAAUUCGCCUGGCGGAUACCGGUACCAAACGGUUGUCGGGCCCAAUCGCGGAAUGUCUUACUCGGCUUCGUGUUUGGGGGAUGGGUACAAGCACCAAGAGUGUGUUACCUCCGUUACUAUGGCCGGUGUGCCGGUCAAAAAUAACCGGCGCAAGAAGGCUUCACUUUUGUUGAGGAGGUUGACUGGGCUGAGGAGGAAGGAGAAUGAAAAUGAGAAUGGAGUUUCCUGA